GGACGAUUUGGCGAAAGCAGACGCACAAGUGGAUAGCAUCCUGCAUCGGCUGGAGCGGCAGUGGGGAGCAAAGCGCAGAACACGAAGCAAACAAGAAGCAAAGAAACACAGAAAUGCGCAAACAUUUGCGCAGCGCAACUUCUGUAUUUCUCCCGUUUGGAUCUCAGAAUGCCAUUCUGUACCUGGACCAACAUCCGGUCGCUUCAGCAUGCUUUCCAAGGUAUGUGGAGUUGGAUCCCAAAGCGAAAUUUGUGGUGAAGUCUCAACGGAAGGACUUGCCGCUGCUCGACUACUUGGGGACUUGGUCUUGGGACGAAGCCAAGUAUCCCAAGAGCCGUUCCAUUCCGGACAUGCUGUCGUACGCGAUGUCCACGGUGAACCACAUCGAUGAGGAAGCGCGGAAUAAGACCAUGCAGUUUAACGACUUCAAAACUCAAAUGAGCAACUUGGCCAAAAAGGACGCUGCUAAUCUGGCAGGAAGGGAUUUGAUUGAUGUGUUAACGCCGGACAAAGUGAAAGCAGAUGGCGGUCCAGAUGAUGAUUUCAUUUCGACUGAGCAUCUCACCACCAUUCCUGUGAUUGUCCCUCGCGGCGGAGAGGAGGAGUUUCUCAAGAUGUACGAAACAAUGCAAGAAAAUGUGGUGCCAAGAUCUGCAAGGCAGUUCAAAGGCAUUGACGACAAGGAUGGCAACAGCUUGUGGCGUGUGGUCAUGUUCCGCAGCGCCGUGGAGGGCUUUAAGAAGGUCUGCCGGGAAAAACGCUUCGCCGUGCGGGAGUUCGAAUACAACAAGGACGGUUACGUCAAGCUGGAGCAACAGCGAAAGAAUGUAGAAGAGUCCGUAAAGAGGCAACGCGAUUUGGUGCAUGGCCUCUACCAGGCCUCCUGGUCGGAUGUUUUCGUUGCAUGGAUGCACAUCAAGGCGAUGCGGGUCUUCGUGGAGAGCGUUUUGCGUUUUGGCAUGCCUCCCAGCUUUGCGUCUUUCAUCAUGAGCCCGAAGGGUGAUACCGCUUUGGCGCGCAAAGCUCUAGCCGACAUCUUGGGCAAGCAGGCCGGCGCCAUGAGCACGAGCAUGUCCGAGACGGCCGAUGGCGAUGACGAGUUCUUUCCGUACGUCUCGUUAUCUUUCAUGCCAUUUGCUGUCAAUCGCGAUGGGAAGUGAUUGUGUGACGGACCGCAUCGAGCGCAUCCGCAUUUGAUUUUGAGGAAUCGUGCAAUCCGGAUGCUUUGAGAACGCCAAAA